AUGGCUAGCACGCGGAAUUACGACUUUCUUAUCAAACUGCUGCUUAUCGGUGACUCGGGCGUCGGAAAAUCGUGUUGUCUGCUGCGUUUCAGCGAAGACUCGUUUACGCCAUCCUUUAUUACGACCAUUGGCAUUGACUUUAAGAUAAGAACCAUUGAGCUCGACGGGAAGCGGGUCAAGCUACAGAUAUGGGACACUGCUGGUCAGGAGCGGUUCAGAACGAUCACGACGGCUUAUUACAGAGGCGCCAUGGGCAUUUUAUUAGUUUAUGACGUUACGGACGAGCGUUCUUUUGAGAAUAUCCAUACAUGGUUCAACAACGUGGAGCAGCACGCAACGGAGGGCGUUAACAAGAUCCUUAUUGGCAACAAGUGUGACUGGGAUGAAAAGCGAGUUGUGUCGACCGAGCGAGGACAGGCGCUGGCGGAUGAGUUGGGCAUUCCGUUCAUGGAGGUGUCAGCAAAAGCCAAUAUCAACAUCGAGGAGGCGUUCCGCAGCCUUGCCAGUUCGAUCAAGAAGCGAAUCAUGGACAGCACGGAUCAGGGCACGGCACAGCCCAACCAGAGCGGCGUCAAUGUAGCGGCUGGCGCCGGCGGUGCGGGUAGCUCUUCGGGAGGAAAAUGCUGCUAG